UACGUGGUGCAUUUGAAGGUAUCGUGCAAGGGAACGGACAUGAGCUAUACUGCUGCAGCUAGAUUAGCAAACUGCUGCCACUGCUAUCUUUAGAUGGGAAAUAAGUUGAACUUAAAACGCUGUGGACAAAAGAUGUGACAGCCUUCGGUUUUAAGGAUUUGUAGAAAGACUGCAAAUAGGCUGCAGCAAUGGGUCCAGACACUGCCUCUGUCCCCAAAACAGAAUCUUCUGAGGAAAGUCCUGGAGAAGUGAUCGUUAAGGUAAUCUCAGAAUCAGAUUCCAAUGAUGCUUCAACCACCGCUGAUCCCGGGAGCUCCAAACGGCUAGAGGGCAACGUAUCUGACAAGUGUUACCCUUGCUCCAUCUGUGGCAAGGUAUUUGACAGACCAUCGAAGCUAGAGAGGCAUAAACCUGUACACACGAGGAAGCCUAAGACUCUUCAUCAGUGUCAGCAUUGUGAUAAGAGUUUCACGCAACAAGAGAAGCUGAUCCGACACCAGAAUUGCCACAAUAGGACUAACAAGCACCCCUGCCCCGACUGUGGAAAGGUUUUCAACAGGCCUUCAAAGUUAGAGAGACAUAAGCGCACACACUCAAAAAAACCAAAGGUGCCUCAUCAAUGUUCAUACUGCAUGAAGACAUUCAGUAAACUUAACAAACUUGUCCGUCACAAACGAAUGCACACCGGGGAGAAGCCUUUCACCUGCUCGGUCUGCGGAAAAGGAUUCUCCGAGUCAGGGCACUGCAAAGCACAUGAAAAGACGCACGAGGAUCAACCAGAAAAACCUCACUGCUGUGCCAACUGUGGGAUGUGUUUCUUCAAGGCCUCAGAGCUCCGUCGCCACUUCCGCUCUCAUACGGGAGAGAAACCUUUCAGAUGCACACUGUGCGAGAGCUGCUUCUCCCGCUCAGAGGGACUUAAAAGACACAUGAGGAGCCACACAGGGGAAAGACCAUACAAGUGCAUUAUCUGUGGAAAGGGAUUUUAUUCUCGACAGGAUCUGAACAUUCACGGACUGACCCACUCUGGAGAGAAACCACAUCUUUGCCCAGUGUGCGGUAAAGGCUUCUCACAGUUGGGUAACAUGAAAGAACAUGAACAAAAUGUUCACAUUAAGUCCGAGAAAUAUAUUUGCAAUGAAUGUGGGGCAACCUUCACGCGGUACAAGUCACUGACAAAGCAUCAGCGGACUCACACAGGAGAAAGACCCUAUCUGUGCCUCACCUGUGGUCGCAGGUUUUCAUGGAGCCAUUCUCUUAGCAGACACCGGAGGACACACACACAUAGACAGAUGACUAUGGACACAUCCAAAGACAUAUCAAGUUUCGAAGGACCCUCUGAGAAUCCUAGCAGUUGAAAAUAGAAAUGAGAGCCCUAUAGAGAGGAAAUUUCCCCUGUAAGCAAUUUCUCUGGAGCAAUAGUCACACUUAAAUUUACUCAUUUGUAGUCAUUUGUAGAGAACUAUUUGGGAAGCUUUUGUGAAGACUCACCUUGCUGCUUGCUCUGGCUACCAGUCAGGGCUCCAGAUUAGCUUUUUUUUAUUUUCCCAGUAUUUUUACUUAUCGGAGGUGUUUAAACUCACUGUAACUCUGUUUACUACUUCCCAUAGGACAGACAUGGACUUGGCUUUCGAUAAUGUGGAAGAAUAUUUCAUAUAAUGGAAUGAUUUCCUCUUUAGAGUUUCCCUGUCAGAAAGCCUGAAAAGCUUAUUUGACAUAGCCAAACUAAAUCAAAUACUGACUAAGUCUCCUCAAUUAUAUGAUCAAUGGAGAUGCCAGAUUACAGUCUUGACUAAAUGUCUGUUUUCCAGUGGUGAUUGACCUAAUCUGACAUAAUCUGCUACCUCCCUAAAAUGGAUUUUAACCAGCACAAGAUCCACACAUAUUUCAGUCCAUACCAGUAGCAUACCAGGAUUUUUUUUCUUUUUGAAAGUAAUUUUCUUUUCAGUUAUGCUGGCAUCUGUCGACCAUAAACAGUUGGAUGACAUUUUUGUGGAAUGUAGUGAUUUUUUUUUUUAAAUAAUUAGUCCUUCACGGAAUUAAUUAACAAUUCAUGCUAUGCUGACUUAGUGCAGAGAAGUGCAGUUGCACCAUUCUCUGUGCAAAUGUAUUACCUCUCACCACUAAUGGGAAACAACCUACUGUGAGAUCGCUGAUUUCAGUGUCUAGCUGCAAAUAUUCAUAUUUGGGUGAACUUCCUUUCAGUGUUGGUGGUUUGAACCAUUGACUGUGUAUAAUAGUCUGAACCAGAGAGAGUGCAUUGCAGCAGGUUUCCUAUGGUAUGAGCUAUUUUUAUAUUUUUUUAAUUUCCAUUUUAUUUUGUAUUGCAGAACAUAUAUAUUGUUUAACUAUGUAAUCCAGAUUUUCUUUGUGACAUUGUCCACAUACGUGUAAAAUUGCUGUCAUCACACUGAUUAGUGCUGUACUAGGAACAACACAAUGGCCCCAGUAGCUCAUUUAAAAACAUAUUGAGGUAAUGUGCUCAGAUGUAUUUCUAAUUAUGCUAACGAGAAUGUGAAUCGAGUCGUGAACCACAUAAAUCUCUCUGAUAAGUUGUUUCAGUGAAAUUCCAACCACCAAUAAACAGUUUUUAUUUAAUAA